AAUAGGCCCUUAAUGGGCUAUAUGGUAUACAAAUACUUGCCAAUUGCCAUCCCCUAGUGAAAGCCCCAUGUCAUAAGUCGCCGCCACCCAGGAACCAGAAGCAAUGAAUAGAUGUCCUUCCUCACCGCCAAUGCCCUGGGCUCGCUCGUCGAAUCGGCCGUUUCGACUCGGUCUCUCCCCCUAGGCCAAGCAGUCCACGCUCAGAUCAUCAAAACCCUCGAAUCGCCUCCCCCUCCCUUCAUCUCCAACCACCUCAUCAACUUGUACUCCAAACUCGGCCGCCUCAAUUCCGCCCACCGCCUCCUCUCGCUCGCGCCCGCCCGUUUUCGCUCCGUCGUCACCUGGACUGCCCUCAUUUCCGGCGCCGUCCAAAAUGGCCAUUUCGCCGCCGGUCUUUCCCUCUUCUGUAACAUGCGCCGCGACGGCAUUCAGCCUAACGACUUCACAUUCCCUUGCCUGUUCAAAGCGUCGGCUUUUCUCAAUUCGAGCUCCGUCGGCCAGCAGCUUCACGCACUGGCGAUUAAGACUAGCUUGAUUUUGGACGUCUUUGUUGGAUGCAGUGCUCUUGAUAUGUACAGCAAAACGGGGACUAGGGAUCUUGCAGACAAGGUGUUUGAGGAAAUGCCGGAGAGAAAUAUUGCAACUUGGAACGCGUGUAUUUCUAAUGCUGUACUUGAGGGAAGGGUUAUAGAUGCUGUUAGGAAGUUUAUUGAGCUUUUACUGGUGGGUGAUGAACAUCCAAACUCCAUUACGUUUUGUGCAUUUUUGAAUGCUUGUGCCGAUGGCUUGUAUUUAAGGCUUGGUAUGCAGUUGCAUGGAAAUGUGAUUCGACGCGGUUAUGGUGUGGAUGUUUCCGUUCUAAAUGGAUUGAUUGAUUUUUAUGGCAAGUGUCAUGAUGUGAAGUGGGAAGAGGCUAAUAUUGUGCGGAUGGAGAUGAAGGACAUAGGGAUAAAAAAGGGUGCAGGUUGCAGCUGGAUAAAUGUUAAAAACUGUGUGCAUGUUUUCCGAGCAAAGGACACAUCUCAUGCAAAAUACCCUGAAAUUCUUGCAAUGUUGGGCAAGCUAAAGAGAGAUAUGAAAGCAGCAGGUUAUAUCCCAGAGACUAAUUUGGCUCUCUAUGAUCUAGAAGAGGAAGAGAAGGAAUAUGAAGUUUCGUAUCACAGUGAGAAGCUUGCCCUUGCGUUUGGUCUCAUUGCUAUUCCUCCUGGAGUCCCCAUACGAAUAACUAAAAAUCUCAGGGUUUGUGUUGAUUGCCAUAGUGCUAUAAAGUUCAUUUCAGGCAUUGUAGGAAGAGAAAUUAUUGUGAGAGACAAUAACAGAUUUCAUCACUUCAAGGACGGUGUCUGUUCGUGCAAAGACUACUGGUGAUGCUGACCAAUGGGAAAGAAUGCUAGUUACGUUUGAAUGAUGUUUCAAUGAAGACUAGACCCCUGUAAGUUAUCAAGAACAGAAAAGAAGAAACGUAAACCCACUUGCAUAAUGUUUCAGGCUGUACAACACUCCAUGGAGAUGAUUGAUUGAGCCAAGAUUGCACAAAGCAAAUCAGACUUUGCCAUUGAGUCCGGAACAAAUAAAGCCGAGUGUAAUGGCAUGGCUUUCGGGGGAUGCGCUGUCUACAUUAGCGUGUGAUAAGGCCAUUCUUGAAGAGGACUUGGCUCAAUUCUCAACUAGUUCUAUACAAACUCUAAGGCCUUGCCGUGCUUCUCUCAGGCCGUCCAUCUUGAAAACAAGAAACACCCCAACGACCUCAUUGGGCUAUUUUGGUUGGUUCACCAGGGAAGGAUAUAUAUAGACAAUACGCUUGAUGUAUACAAGAGGUGUGGGGUGCUGUGAUGGCCAUUAAUUUUUUUCUACUACAUAUUUGACCGUGGGGUGUUGUGAUGGCCACAUGGUGCCACCUCAUCCCCAUAACGCCGUCGAACAUCCAGCACCGUCCCCCAUAUGUGACCGUGAUAGAGUGAAAGAGCUACAUCAUUGUCAAAUUCGGAGUGCGGUUCGAGAUAUACGCCAUGAAAUGUCAUGUGAUUCCUAUUGAGAAGGGAUUGCUUGCUGAACCAAGUUCGGUGCUUUGACGUAGUUCAAGAGGACCGAACAAACUUAUGCAUUCAAAGCAUUUGGCUUCUAUGCCU